AUGUCUCAAAACGGUGGGACUCCCGAUGUCGCUUCGGAUUAUUCUGAUCACGGCCGUGUCUAUGGGGGUUUUAGACGAGGCAGAUACUUGCUCCCGAUCGACGAGGCCGAGCAAGACAGGCUGGACAUCUUCCACAAGCUCAUCUUCCUGGCACGAAAAAGCAAACUACAUGAUGCAUUAUUGCCCGAAAGGGCUCAGGUCCUUGAUCUCGGGACGGGCACUGGCAUAUGGGCCAUCGACGUCGGCGACUCGCUUUACAAGGGCGAGGACAAUCAGGGCCGCGUACUAGGGCUCGACCUUGCCUACAUUCAACCCAAAGUGAUCCCCACGUGUGUUUCGUUCGUGCGCGCCGAUGUCGAAGCGCCGUGGCCAGCGCCAGAGCAGACCUUCGAUAUGGUCCACAUUCAGAUGCUGCUCGGCUCCAUACGGGACUGGCCAGAUCUGUACCGAAAAUCCUUCAGGCACAUUAGGCCUGGUGGCUGUAUCGAGCAGGUGGAAGUUGAAUGGAUGUUCCGUAGCGACGACAACACCUUGCCGCCGGAUUCGCCUCUUGUUCUUUGGGGCAACACCUUGCAGCGUGCGAUGCAGACUUACAGGCAACCCAUAGACAUAUUCGACACCAGAGCAGAACUUCAUGCUGCGGGUUUUACUAACAUCACCGAGGAAGUGGUCAAACUGCCGAUCAACCCGUGGAGCACUGACGCCUUCGAGCAAGAGAUUGGUCGGUGGUUCAAUCUCGGCUUGACGCAUGGUUUCGAGGCCCUGACACUCGCACCCUUCGUCCAAAUAGAACGUUGGCCAACGCACCAGGUGGAGAGGCUGGUGGAAGAUCUCAAGAUGGACAUUUGCCGGCUCCACGUACAUGCCUACUGCCGAAUGUGA